AUGGACAUUAAAAUUAAUGAAAUUGAAAGUAAUUUAGAUCUUUCUUCAUUCAAAUCAAUUCCCAAAGAUAUUAAAUCUCUUGAUCCAUUUGAUUUGGAGAAUAGUCAGAUGGUAUCAACUGAAUUGGGAAUUGACCAACUUUUAAAGAUCAAGAAUCCGCUAGACCAAUUUGUUAUGAUCAAUGCCAAGUUUGGUGAUCCUCUGUCAGUCCCUGUCUAUCCAAACCAUACAUUCAAUAUCAAACCAAUAGCAGUGUACAAUCGAUAUAUUGAUUAUGUUACUCUGGGUCAACCUGAAACAUCAUACCCUACUUCCUAUUUUAAAGGUUUUUUUCCAGGAUCUGAAUUUCCUUCAGAAUUGGUUGAAAAAUGUGAUGCCGUGAACCAUAUUACCAAAUUAGGUGAAAUAUUUUCAACACCUGCAAGUAAUGUUCUCCAUGAACCUGUUCUUCCAUACGAUUGUAUAGAAUAUGUUAAAGGAAAAGGUGCUAGUCGUUGGAAAGAAGGGUUUUAA